CCCACGGCGCCCAUUGUGGCACGGCGACGCGCCCCCGCCUCCGUAAUGGCCCCGCCUCGUAGGGGUGGGCGGCAGUUGUGACGGAGCGAAGAUGGCGGCGGCCGCUUCUGAGCUGCUGACGGGAUGGUGCCUCUUCGGCCUCGCGUUGCUGGCUAUUCUGAUUUUCUGCUGGGUAUAUGUACGCAAGUAUCAAAGUCGACGAGAAAGUGAAGUCAUUUCUACCAUAACAGCUAUCUUUGCAUUGGCAGUUGCACUGAUCUCAUCAGCACUACUACCAGUAGACAUCUUCUUGGUUUCGUAUAUGAAAAAUCAAAAUGGUACAUUUAAGGACUGGGCUGAUGCUAAUGUUUCAAGACAGAUUGAAGACACUGUACUUUAUGGAUACUAUACCUUGUACUCCAUCAUAUUGUUCUGCGUUUUUCUGUGGAUACCCUUUGUCUAUUUCUAUUAUGAGGAGAAGGAAGAAGAUGAUGGCAACACAUGCUCACAGGUUAAAACUGCACUCAAAUAUACUCUGGGAUUCCUCACAAUUUGUGCAGUUCUUCUCUUAAUUGGCGCAUUUGUUCCUUUGGAUAUUCCCAAUAAGAAGAACUCCACAGAAUGGGAGAAAGUGAAGCUUCUCUUUGAAGAAUUCGGAAGUAGCCAUGGCUUGACUGCUCUUUCAUUUUCCAUUAGUUCCUUGACUGUGAUUGGAAUGUUGGCAGCUAUCACUUACACAGCUUAUGGUAUGUCAGCUUUGCCUCUAAACUUGAUUAAAGGAACUACCAGUGCAGCUUAUGAACGUUUGGAGAACACUGAAGAUAUUGAAGAAGUAGAGCAACGUAUGUUAAGGAUUAAGUCCAAGUGCAGAGAUGGUCGGCCUCUGUCAUCAAGGGAUAGACGGACUGUGCAACAGCUAGAAGAGAGGCUAAGAACGCUUCGAAGGAGAGAGAGGCAUCUGGAAUCAAUUGAGAAAAGUUGGUGGGCGAAGUUCUGUGAAGCUAUCCGACCUCUAAAGAUUGUGUGGGGAGUAUUCUUCAUCAUCGUGGCACUGCUUUUCACUGUCUCUCUCUUCUUGUCAAAUUUAGACAAGGCUCUGCAUUCAGCUGGUUUCGACUCUGGAUUUAUAAUUUUAGGAACUAAUCUGACUAAUCCAUUGAAUAUGCUGCUACCUGUUCUUCAAACAGUUUUUCCACUCGAUUAUAUUCUUAUUACAACUAUUGUUAUGUACUUCAUCUUCACAUCGAUGGCAGGGAUUCGAAAUAUGGGUAUAUGGUUCUUCUGGAUAAGGCUGUAUAAAAUCAGACGAGGAAAAACUCGACCUCAGGCACUCUUAUUUCUCUGUAUGAUACUUCUAUUGAUAGUUCUUCAUACAAGUUACAUGAUCUACAGUCUUGCUCCUCAAUAUGUAAUGUAUGGAAGCCAAAAAUACUUGGUACAGAGUAAUAAGACAACUGAUGGCCAGCCAGGGAAUGUCACAACAUUUGUUUCUAAAGACUGUGAUGCAGAUGCACCUGAAGAUCAGUGUAUCGUUACUCGGACAUACCUUUUUCUUCACAAAUUUUGGUUCUUCAGUGCUGUCUACUACUUUGGGAACUGGGCAUUCAUUGCAGUCUUUUUAAUUGGAUUAAUUGUGUCAUGCUGCAAAGGCAAGAAAUCAGUCAUUGAAGGUGAAGUGGAUGAAGAUGAUUCAGAUAUGAGUGAUGAUGAACUGUCUGUUUAUUAUCGUUGAUAGCCUUUUCCUUCAAGAUGGGAAAAUAUAACUUAAAAUUAUGUUGAAAAUAAUAACCAUGAAUUGCUAUCCAAAUAAGCAUCCUUGCACCUGUAAAAAUAAGUGUUCUUGCAUACAGGGGGUCAAAAACUGGAUGUCACUUGAGUAUCUCUAUUAUAUCAGAGCAAAUAGUGAAACUGGAUUUGAAUAAUAUAUAGAAAAUAUUGUUUUAUGAUUAAAUGUAUAUGUGUAACUUUCUGAUGUACAAUUUGAUAAACUGACUGCAAUUAUUUCAUAACAUGUUGUUUUUCUCUUAACUUAUGCUUCUUAAAUGAUUUCAUACCUAACUUGUAGAACACUAUUUUUUUAUUCAAGCUCAUAAAUAAAGUGAGCUAAAAUCUUGUAAAACAGGUGGUAUAAGCAUUGCUAGGAAGAUGUGGAUCAUAAAAUUUUCACUUCUAGAUGAAUGCAACACUUCUAGAUGAAUGCAAUUUAACUUCUGCAUUAACUUUGAUAUUUCUGGGAUCCCUGUAUUAAACUACAGCUGAUAUGGUACUUAAAGUAUGCCAGAAACCUGUACUUGAGGUAGGUAGCAAGUUCCCAGUAUAUGAAGAAUAAGUCACUUGCACUAUCUUAUCCCCUCAAAGCUACACUAGAAUCCUCUAGUAACCACGAGGUGGCUUUUGCUCUGUCAGGAAAGAUGUUAGUGAAAAUGACAAUAUUCAGCACUGUUGCCGUAUUUUAGUGUGGUUCGGUUCUGAAGCUGUCAGGUGCCUGACUCAGUAAUAACCAAUGGAAUAAUUAAGAUUUGAUAACUGUCAAUUUAUUUUUUUCUCUAAGUCAUAUUGUCUAGUUUGAAGCUUUUCAAUUUUUAAUGUGAAUGUUGUCAACUUGUUUACAAGCCAAAAAGUUUAUAUAAAAACAGUCCAUAAACAGUUUUGUCCUUCACGUAUCUUUAAAUUACUGAGCUGUGUUUUUGAGGCUGAAAAAUUUCUUGAGGCAAAAGAAAUUAGUUGGCAGCCUGUGAAAGAGAAAUAUUUACAGGUACAGGUUUUUAAAGUUCUAGCGCUACCUGAGGGGAUGUUAUAGUCCACACAAACACAUGAAAUGUAAUUCAGAUCAUCUUAAUAAGUUGUUAAGUAAUUAUUGAAGUAUAUGGAAACUUAGGUUCUCCCUAUGUAUGAUGUUGGCAAAUUCUUUAAAACUGACAGCUUUCUGCUUGGUUGUUUCAAGAACAGUAUGCCUCUCCCUGUAGUAUUUCAGAACAGCAGAAUCUUAGGAACUUCUGAAUUUUAAUUCAGUUCCGGUAUUUAAAGGAUUGAGUUGCUUAGUUAAUUUGUGGAUAUUGGAAACUAAUGUUUGGACUCUUACAGGAACAAACAAAUAAAAAGUGAGUCUUCUGUGCCAAGUAUUCCAAUACUUCCAUGUUCAUGUGGCAACGUGGAUAUUGGAUCCUGACCAUAAGCUGCAAGUAUGCAGUCAGGAUUGCUGAACAAAUGGUAACAAGUUUGGUGCCAGUGUGAAAGGACAGAAAUAUAUUUAGAUGCUGAUAGCAGGUACUGGAGCUUGAUUAGGCAGUCUGAGCUACCUUUGACUAGAAUAAGCUAAACGUGACCAUGGGGAAACUGGCAAGGAAUUGUAAGAAGUUCAAAUGACUCAAAUGGAAAGUGGAGCCUGAUGUUGGCUGUUGGGAAGCUCCUUACAAGCUGCAUCCAGAGGAUAUCAACACAGCAAAUGGUUCUUUGUGGAUGCACUAGUGGAAAGGUUACAUGAGCUAAUUUAAAUAAAGUUAACUGCUCAGAUGUUCUUUGAGGAUUUUGUUCAUAUUUCAUUAACAGACUUCAUUGACUCUAAUUCCCUUCUCUGGCUGUGAGAUGCACAGGUUUGCGCAUUAAUAUUUCUGAUCCUAAGACUGGGCUGUGAUAUGCGAUUUUGCAGAGUUGCAUCCAUUCAGUCUCAGCUUCCCACUGAGGAGAUUGCUGCUUGUCUGGGGAAGAUUGGCAGGAAGGUGUUGUUUUUAUGCCAUGCAGCUGCUUGUGAGUUGCAUGCAGUCUCAGGCCGGGAUGCCUAGCCAUCCCUGGAUGUUUGUCGCUCUGUUGGCCUCCCCUGCUUCCAAGCUUCUCUUAAUUUCUAGAUUCUUCCCAAUCUAGUCCUGAUCCACUUCUGAUGUGGUGGCAUUGUCUCUCUUGCCUCUUUCCUUCUUUCCGUAGGAGGAUUUGGUAAGUACUGCUUGUUUAAUUCAGUUGUUAACAAGACUUUUACAACUAGACCCUUAUUACCUGUAGCUACUAAGAAGCAAGCCAUGAGACUUCAGAAGUUUUAUUCCAUUUUCUCAUUUCAUUUAUUUUAUGUUCUUUCACCUUCUGUCAUAGAAGUAGUAAAUAAUUGCCAGCAUUCAUAAUCCAAAUUGUUUUUCACCUGUCCCAUCCUCACUAAAGUUUCUCAGGAGUUCAAUGAGCAUUUUGACUGACAAUAUUUUAAGAAGUUUUGUAUGCACUAAUGUAAUUCUCUUGAAUAUACACUCAAGAAUUCAUCUCUAUUUAGCACUUCCUUCCUGUGAUGGAAACUUGAUGUGUUUAACUGAGCUGUGCCUUUAAAAUGAGCCUGAGGUGCUGUUGAAUUGUGUGUGAAGUCACCAGCUAGAUUUGUACAUCCAGUAUCACUCAAUAACGUAGACUAGCACUGAAUGUAAGAUAGCCAGGACUUAAAUGCUUGUUAUUGAUCAGUACUUGCAGCAACUUUUAAGAAACAGAACUUCCAAUAUAUUUUUUCAUUGUCUCUUGUGCUGUGUUCAAUAAAAUACCAGUAAGUAAAACAA